AUUAUUCCAAUUGAUUUUAGUAUUGCGAUAUCCAUUUGAGUCGUUACAUAAGUUUUAAGUUUUCGUCUGUAAUACCUAAUAUUUGGAAAUACCCAGAUAUUUCUAUGAAAUUUUGGGAAAUUUCUAGUCAUUAAAAUUUGAUUUCGCUGUAAUUUUUUAGUUAAGGGGAAAAGAUAAAAUUAUAAAUUACAGCUUUCUGGUAAUAUCGUUCAAUUAUGCCGAACUGGGAAUUUCAUGACCCCAAACCCAUCGUUAGGAUUUACAUUCCUUAUGAAUGUAUGAAUGCCCCUACGGGUAAUCUUAUCGGUUGGAGCAAUAGAAAGACUAGAAUAAUUUGUGUGACAGGUAUUGUUCGAAAUGGAGAUGUUCGUUCUAUAAGAGAUUGGUUGCGAGAAAGCAAGCUGAGUGAAGGCUUUGGUUAUAGUAUUAGACAAUUGGGAGUUUGGUUUAGAAAUGAUGAUUUGACAGUACCAUCGAUCAUUAGUUCAUAUAUCGUUCGCUUUGAGAUUGUUGCAUGUAGAAAAAAAGACGACGUGCCAAUUAUUCAUCUCAGCCCCGUUUGGGAUUGUAGUGAAGCAAUGGUUAUAUUAUAUAGUGCAGAAUAUGUACAGCAGUCUGCCUUGUUGAUGCAAUCGGCUGCAGAUUGGAUAGAUGAUGGGGAAAAUGCUACAAAACUCAUGGAAGGUACACACGUCAACCAGCUUAGUCGAGCCCUGCAUCUACAACAAAAAGUUUCUCAAAAGUGUAACAUUUCUCUGGAUGUAAUUGACACAUCUUCGUGUAUGCUUAAACCCUGGAAAAUACGUGCACUUUACAAUGCUUUCACCUAUUUACUGUAUCAUAUAUUUAGUAUAGUGUUUUGGGUUCCCCGUUGUCUAUUUCGUCUGGAGGAAUGCAUCAAGAAUAGUAUUCUAAAAAGGAUCAUUUUGCUAACAUUUGUUGGAAAGAAUUUGCUUGAGCAUUAUCAGGGUUUUCAAUCCUUGAAAAAGUACGAUAUUAAUAAUCCAUUAUGCACCUUGAGGUUAUUAAACUAUUCUGUUAGACGAAUUAUAGACAUAGUGGUUGGAAUAUGUACAAUCUAUUUCUUAAAAGAUAUGUUUGAUACCGAAAAGUGCUCUGAUGAACUUCUUCUUGUAGCUAAUAGUAUUGUUGAACAUUUAAGACUUCUUAUAAAAUGGCUAAUGGGAAGUCCGGCUGGAUUAAAGCUAAAUUAUCAAUUGAGUCACUUUCUUGGAACUUUUUUCCUUUAUCACUUCUAUUUGUGGAUGGGCUACUUGAAUCUUAUUAAACCAUGGAUUGCAAUGAUGCUAAACCUUACUUUAUGGAUAGGAGUAUUAGGUGUUUCCUAUCAAAUAAGCUUCUGUAUUGAUAUUUUUAAUAUGAUGACUUUGCACAUAUACUGCUUUUACGUUUACGCAUCAAGAUUAUAUAAGCUUCAAAUGAAAGGUGUUUCCUCUUUAUUUUUACUAUUUCGAGGUAAAAAGAAGAACGUUUUGAGGAAGAGGAUAGAUACUUUGUCAUGCGAUGUCGAUACACUGUUUGUUGGGACCUUAUUCUUUUGUAUUAUUCUUUUUCUGUUUCCAACAGUUUUAACCUAUUAUGCAGUUUUUACAUUGUUGCGGUUAUUGGUACUUAUUGUGCAAUUUAUACCUCAACAAUUUGUUAUGUUUCUCAAUCGCAUCCCCUUUUAUUCGUUUUUAUUGAAAAUGAUUCGUUCAAAAACUGUUAUGGGUAAGUUUUCUACACGAACAUCUUUCGUUUUUCUUUAGUUCUUUUAUUUUUAGAUAAAGUAACUUUUAAAGUAGUUGAACCUGAUAGAAACGGAGUUGUCUAUUUAUGGAUGAAAUUGGAAGCAGCUUCAUGCCACGAACUCAUUAGCUAUGAUCGAUUAGAGCAAAAUGAACCUUGGGAGAUUUUUUCUUUCUUAAAGAAACUAGUAAUGGGUGAUUUAAUUUAUCCGUGGAUGGAAAAGACACAUUUGAAGAGAAAAUAAAGAGGGAAAAUCAGAUAUUUUUCUCUCUCUCUCUCUCUCGCUUUCUUAUGAAAUUUAUUUAUUACUACGUUUACUUUUUUCUAAAUCAUUUUGCUUCAUUGUUAAGAAAUACUUCUCUCAUUGUUAAAUGUUUAUUUUGUAAACAAUGUGUACCAAAUGUAUACCUUCUAUUGUUAAAUUAUUUGAAAAUUAUCAAUGUUUUCUUUACUGAAAAAGAAAUAAAA